UGCGUCAUCACGUUUUUGUGACUUGAAAUGCAUUAUGGGCAGCUGCAGGUCCAUAACAUGUGCUCCGUCCCUCCCAUACCCCUUUCGGACGCAACCUGGAGGCCAUCGUCAACGACAUUUUGUUUCGGAGUUGAAACUAUUUUAACAUCUAUUUGACUCUGUGAAUUAAGGAUUUAUUCCGACGACACCACAGACGGUGAUUGCCGGAGCAGUGGAAAAACGAGCCAAGACGUUUUUGAUGUUAAACUUUGUUGCUGACUGUCCACAGCAGUACAUUGCGGAGCUUCCUGCACCGGUACUCCUACUGCUUCUCCAUAACGGGCCCUGCUGAACGCCAUCUAUAAAAGGUCUAUGUGAUGACAACUGUGGCUUUUUCUUCUGUCCUUUGUUUCUUCUUUGUUUUUUUUUUAAUGUUGAAUGAAGUGGACUUGUAAACUUUGUACUUUUUUUUUUUUUGUGGAAAUCGUAAGAGAAUCAUUGAACAUUACCAAAGUAGCCACAGACAUUACGGAAGAAAUUGUCCACUACCCUGCAUAUACAAAGACUGUGCACAGUAUUUCAGAUCUAAAAAAUCCUUGCAGGUCCACUUGAGAGAUCAGGGGCUCAUAGAACGGAGUAGUAAACUUGUUGGCUUUAAAGUAAAAUGCUUGUUGUGUGACUUUGAAGAGGCAGUCGGCCUAAAACCAUAUAUUGCUCAUCUUGGGAAGCACCUGAGGAAUAGGGAGACUGUUACCUGUCCUUUUAAUUACUGUCUUUUCAAGUCAAAUGUUUUCUCUAGUUUUACAUCACAUAAAUCUCGUUGUCACCCACAUUGUACUUUAAAAGACUUAAAGACAGAGAUCACUGUCCAAGAAUGUGAAUUGGCAGAAUGUGAAACAGCUGAAUCACAGUCACAUGUUGCUGACAAUGAUUUUCAUGUGCCACUUGAGGAUAAUUCUGAUAAUGAACCAGAGUACCAUGACGCCACUGAAAAAAUUCAGGAAAGGCUUGCAUCGUUACUUCUGCGAAUGCAAGCAGUCCUGCACGUUUCCAAAUUAGCCACUCAAGAAAUAGUCAGUGAAUUUUAAGACAUUGGUGUUUUGAUUGGUGAACUAAAUGAGUAUACAGUAAAAAAGGUCUUAAGGCAGCACAAUUGUAACGUUAAUGAAAACACUGUAACUUUGGUAACAGAUGCCUUCCACAGCCUCAAUCCACUCAGCUCCAUUUCCCAGAGUGGGUGUCUGGGAUCAGAUCAAAAAAGGUUAUCCUAUUUCAAAGAAAAAUUUGGUGUCAUAGACCCAGUUGAGUAUGUUUUAGACUUGCCAUUAAAGAAAACCUUUGUUUAUGUCCCAGUUCUAAAAACGCUGCAAAGAUUGUUAAAUAGGGGUGACGUUAUUGACAAAGUUUUAGAAGAAGCCAAUACAGAAUCACUACCUGGUCAUUACAAGACCACAUUUGAUGGAUCAUAAUUUAAAGAGAACCCACUUCUGUCUGGGGAAGAUCAGACUAUUUCUUUAGGUCUGUAUAUUGAUGAUUUUGAAGUCUGUAACCCUUUAGGCACCUCAAGAAAAAAACAUAAAUUGUGCGCAAUAUACUGGGUAAUAGCAAAUUUACCUGUUAAAUAUAGAUCAUCACUGUCUAGCAUAUAUCUUGCUCUCUUGUGUAAAAGUGUUGAUGCUAAAACAUUUGGAUAUGACAGGAUUGUAGAACCACUUUUGAGAGAUCUCCAACUGCUUGAAAACCAAGGUAUUUACAUUAGCAGGUUGGGAACCAGUGUUAGGGAUACAGUGUUGUAUGUAUCAUCUGAUAAUUUGGGAGCACAUUCAUUUGCUGGGUUUCAGGAGUCCUUUAACGUUGACAAGUUUUGUCGUUUUUGUUAAGCCAGUCAUAGUGAUAUUCAGAGUUGUUCUGUACAAAGUAAGUCAUUUGUAUUGAGAACCAAAGAGUCCUACAAUGAGAAGGUUUCCAGGCUGAGGGAGAAUGAGCGCUUGAAAAGUGUUGACGGAGUGAAAAGAGACUGUGUAUUGAACAAAUUAUCUUACUUUCAUUGUAUAACAGGUUUUCCUCCUGACUUUUUACACGACCUUCUAGAAGGUAUUGUCCCUUUUGAGCUCUGUUUGUGUUUGAAAAAAUUCAUUGGACAGAAGUACUUCACAUUGGAUUAUUUGAACACUGCCAUACAGCGCUUCGCCUAUAAAUUUUCUGACAGAGUUAACCGUCCACAGAAAAUUCCAGAAAAAGUACUUGUGAGUGAAACUGUUGGAGGCAACGGUCGUGAGAAUUGGACUCUUUUGAGGUUGCUGCCUCUGCUCAUAGGUGAUGUUGUUCCUGAAGAUGAUGACGCAUGGUCUGUAAUUCUGGAACUUAAAGACAUUGUGGAACUUUUGGCAUCCUCCAGUUUUACAGAUGAAAGCUUGUGUUACCUUGAUGCCAAAAUAAGUGAGCACAGAAAACUGUUACUGAUCGUGUUUCCAGGCCUGAAACUCAAGCCUAAACACCAUUUUCUGGAACACUAUGCUCAUUUAAUCCGCUGCUUUGGACCACUGGUUGAUUUUUGGACAUUACGUUUUGAAGCUAAGCAUAGCUUUUUCAAGAAAGUGGUUCGUGAUGUCAAUAAUUUCAAAAACAUUCUAGAGACUCUGUCCCUUAGACACGAGCUUAUGUUGGCAUACUACCUGGACAUGCCCAGCCUGUUUAAACCAACAGUGGAAGUAAAAGGAGUAUCAAUUGUUUCCCUGGACAUUGUGGCCUCCUCUGUCAAGCAAGUGAUUGAGAAGAAAUGUAGAACUCUGAGCAGUGUAUCUCUGGCCACAACCGCAUACAUACAUGGAACAAGAUACACCAAGGGAAUGUUCGUGUCAGUUGGAAGCACAAGUGGACUUCCUGAUUUUUGUAACAUUGUCCAUGUGUUGCUUGUAUGCAACAAGCUAUUCUUUCUUCUUGAACCUUUCUCAGCUUGGUAUUUGGAACGCCUCAGAUGCUACGAAGUCUGCAAGACAGACCCUGCUCAACUGAUGGUAGCUGAACCUGAAGACCUGAACCACUACAUUCCAUUGUCAGCAUACACUGUGCAGGGCCGACUCAUGGUUUCACCGAAGGCGUUUCUUGUACAUUGAGUUGGAGUUUGGAGCAUCAGCUUACAGCUUCUGUCUUGUCUUUAACAAAAAAGACAGUUUCAUCAUGCUGCUGCACAUCAUCUUGAGCGAAAAUGACAUUAGAAGGGUUACCAUUGACAACUUGCCUGAGACUGUUGAUGAUUUCUGCUCAAUCCUGAAGACCAAACUGGGACUGGAGGACGACCUUGUGAUUCAGUAUCAAGACCCUGAAUUUGAUAAUGAACUGUGCAAUUUAAGUAGCAUGUCGGAGCUUCCUAAAGAUAAAGCAACUUUGAAAGUGCACACCAAGUCUUCUGAAUCAUACCACACAGACUCAACUCUAGACACAGCAAGCCUGUCAUCAUCUUCCUUCGAGGAGGGCCCCAGUGGUACCCAAACUCGUCAGCUGCCUCAACCAUUUGUCAUUCCUGCUUUUUCUUUUGAUCUUGAGUUGAAACUGAAGCAAGGAAAUGAAGCCUACAUAGAGAUGGGACCCUUCUUGACAUUUCAAAAGACAUGAAAUCGGACAUCUUAGACAAGUUAGCAGAAGCCAUAUAUGCUCACAAUCCCUACCCAUCACGUGAUGAGUAUGAUCAUGUGGCCCAAGCUCUCAUCAACAAGCAUCCUUGUUUGAAGGAACCAGGGUCUGUCAGUGGGUGGUAUUGCUGGAAGUUCAGUUUAAAAUUCAAAAUGGGCAACUUCCGGCAGAAGAUGCGAGUGGCUGGAUGCUCCGAGCUCAUAGUCAAUGCACGUACCUCUGGAUCAACAAGUUCAAAAAGACUAAAGAGGGCCAUAAAGUCAGAAGUGAACUUCCUGCCAGAUUUUCCAGAAGGGAAAGCCCAAAGUGACCUUGAGAUAGAGAGAUCUGACAUGGUCAGUGAGAUGAAGAAAAGAAAGGUUGACUAGAAGCAAAUUGGUGAAAUGAUGAGUAACACAUUCCCUUUAUGGAGGAAGGAGAUUGUUGAAGAUGAACCCCUUGUGGCACAAGUCAAAGACAGGUGGCCAGCCUUGUUCUCUGAACGGCAGAUUGAAGCAGAAUUUGCUCGCCUUACAUCUGUUGAUCUGAAGGGCUCCUUCUUCGCUGGGCUGGACCAGUAUCUGGCAAGGUUCCUUGAGCUGUACAAAGCAAAGAGUGGCAUAGUGGACCUGACCAGGCUGAUGAGAUGUCUCAAUGAUGACAGCUCCAUACAACAAAAGAGGACAGUUCUUCUGCUGGGCCUUCCUCACUUUCUCAAGGACGGUCCCUCCUGUUUCUUUAAGACUGUCGAGGCCACAGAUGAUGAGGACACGUUCACAGAGGGGAUGAAAGUUGGUGUUGUGAUGGUGAAGGACGGAGAAGACAUCAUUGACACGUCAGUGGUCCUUGAGGAAGCAGUGAUCCUGUCUGAUCUGAAGGACAUCCCACGUGCCAUUGCCUUGCUGAUGGGUCUUCUUUUUGCUCUCAACAUAGACUAUCCAAAGGAACUAAGGUACACAUUUGAAGUCAUUCAGAAGGUCCUGAUGAACAUCGGUGGAGGACAGUGUUCCUCACUUGUGCAUCGUUUUAGAAACAGACUCCUGCAGAAAACCAUGUGAGAUUGUGCUCAGAUGACUCAUCUCAUGCCUGAGUGUUAAAACUUUCUGGUAUUCAAGUCAAGUUCUUAUUUUGUUAUCUAUUUUGUAGUAUUUGCAAAUGCUAAUUGUUCUGUUUUGUACAUUACUAAAUAAGCAGACACAUGGCAGCCAAUUUCUGCCAGUAAAAGAAAAAAUGUCCCCCAUAGAAAAUCGAAAUUAUGAGAUUAAAAAAAGUCGAACUUGUGAGUUUAAAAGUCGAAUUGAUUGAAAAAUUGUGAACAAGAAAAGUCGAAUUGAUGUCGAAAUUCUGAGAUUAAAAAGUCGAGUUUAAAAAAAUCGAAAUUAUGAGAGUCAGAAUUUCCACUGGCUUACCAUGGGAGCAUUUUUUCCUUAACAGACGGAAAUGGGCUUCCAUACAGAUGUAACUGCCGACAGUUUAUAAAGUCUAUGUUCAAGGCAAAAGAUGGACCUAUUGCCAUGACACUUGCUAAGUUCCUCUGAGUAACUACAGUAUACUGUAUGGACCUCUGUUCCUUUUCAAAGAUCCUCACGAUCAUUCAUAGUUUUUGAAUUUUUUUUUUUUUUUGGUUCAAAUUUUUGCGUCGUUUGCAUAGUGUUGUCUUUGUAUUCAAGACAGCAAUUUUAACGAUUAGUCCUGUGGAAUUGGUUGAGAUUUUACGUUCAACAAAUGUUAGAUGCUGAGUAGUGUGUGCAUGUUGCUGGACAGUGCUGUUUAUUUGUUGCUAUUUUAGCAUUUUCAGUUUUAUGGUGACAGGCAUAUGUGCAGUUUAAGAAAAUGUUACACAUGUAAAGCCACUCAUUCUUGGAAGUAUUGACAAACUGAUACUUGAAAUGUUUUAAUUUUAUGCAGGGGGUUGAGCAAGUCUUGAUCUGUUCAAAUAUGGCCUAUGGUGUUGGAUGUGAAUGUCAUCCUUGAUCUUUCUGUGGCCCUCCACUGACAGCAUUUUCAUUUUUAGUGACAGCCAGAUGAGCAUAUGUAAAGCCAUUCAUUCUCUUAGAUGGCAAUAUUGUCACAUAAUACUUGCAAUGCUGUAAAUGUUAAGGAGGUUGAGUAAAUCUUGACUGUUGACAAAGUGCAUGCAGCAAUAAAUGUU